AUGGAUCAUACGGAUUUCGAUUGUUUAUACUAUUAUGUUCCGAGCGACAUUGUUGAUAUGCAGCUUGAUGUUUCAAUCAAACAAGUGAUUAAGUAUUGCAUUCGUCCAACAAAUAAUCAGUUAUCUAAUUUCGAAGGGAAGUAUUAUAGAAAUUCCACGUUUGAACAACUUCGUUACUUGAAUGUAACUAUUGAAGCUUUACUAUCUUGGUCAGCCUCCGUUGAUCUCGUUGAGCAAUAUUCAGUUUAUAUCAAUGACCCAUUAAGAAAUGAUGUCCUAUCAAAUGAAUUAUUUUCCAAUUGUACGGAACCAUGGUUUGGUUCUCAUUGUCAAUAUUCAUUUAAUUAUAACAAUAAGCAACUAUUUACUAAUAUAGUUCAGAAGAGAUUUCAUCCAUCGGAAGAAUUCGACUUUGACCUUAUGAAUUUAACUGGUUAUAGUCAUUUAGAAUGCGAUCGUGGUGGAAAAGAUUUGUGUCUUGAUUGGAGAGAAAUAUGCAAUGUACAAAUCGAUUGUUUAAACGGAGGAAUUGAUGAAAAAGAAUGCUUUCAAAUGGAAAUGAAUGAGUGCGAAGAAGAUGAAUAUCGAUGUCAUAAUGGUUUAUGUAUCCCGAAAGAUUUUUGGAAAGAUGAUCCAAAUAAUCCUGAUUGUCUUGAUCGGUCCGAUGAGUCAUCAUCAAUAUCAUUUGAUUUAUGCUAUCAAAAUCCGUCAUUUCGGUGCGAGGAACAUGGUUGUAGAGCAGGUGAAAAAGAUUUUCCUUGUGGUGAUGGGCAAUGCGUUAAACAAUUUGGUCAUUGUAAAAAUCGUCGGAACGAUCUAUUAAGAGAAUCGCUUUUGACAAAAGAUAAUCUCUCAUAUGAGUGUUGGUUAUAUCUCGUUUGUUUUAGUUUAGUUAGCGAAGAUUAUGAUUCUCAGUUAUGUGACUCGACUCUACGAUCAUUUAGUUCCAUCAAUUCUGAUCUGUCAAUGUGUGAACCAUUAGUUCAAUUUCCAACAAAAUAUGCUUUACUUGGCCAUAUACGUUUUCUUUAUCAAGAAGAUCAAAGAAUAAAUUAUACUCUUAAGAUGUUUAUGAACGGCCAACUUAUGGAUUCCCAUAUUUCUUUAUCGUCUCUGUAUCAGAAUAUUCCCACCAUAGGGUCUAAUAUAUUCAAUCAUAUCGGGCUAGUCGUUUCUCCUAUCAAUGACAACUUUUAUUUCGGAAUCGAUUCGAAACCAUAUCCAACAUUUGGAGGCUUUAAUUUGCUCAGCGGAGUUCAUUCAAUAGGAAGUUUUCCUUCCUAUGUCUUCAAACAUAACCCAGGUCAAUCUUAUUUUGGACCGGCACUUCUUGGUAAUUACCAUUUCUUACAAGCCAUUUAUUUUCGUGUUUUAUUACCAGAUUUGGUUUGUUAUGAUCAAUCACUUUGUCCUUUCUUCUUACCAAGUUUUCGUCACAAAAACUUCACUUGCCGACAUCUUCGUGAAUUUAAUUUUACAGGAAUAAUGAAUUAUAAUCAAUUUUUAUUGGCUAUUAAACAUUUUUUUCAUAGUUGUCGAACAACGUAUGACGCUGUACGGUUUCAUUCGUCCCUUUACUGUUGUGCAAAUUCAACAAAAUGCAUUUCGAAACAUCGUUUAUUAGAUGGAAUCCACGAUUGUUAUUUAAAUGACGAUGAAACCUAUAAUUUGAGUUGCUCAUUAAAUGAUAAAUUUCGUUUUAAAUGCAGUGGAAAAGAAAACUUUUGUUUCUCUCCGAUCAUCGAUGAUGAUAACUGCGAAUCAUAUUUGAAAACUAAUAUAAAUGAUAUUGAAUAUCAAGAUAUUUGUAACGGCAUUAACGACUUAUCUGAUGAUGGGCAGACGUCAACAGACGAAACUGAAUGUCAUCAUUGGCCCUGCGAUAACAUUUAUACACGAUGUGACGGUGUAUGGGCUUGUCCAAAUGGAGAAGAUGAACAAAACUGUGUUUCAUUCGAAUGUCCUCCAACAUCAUAUCCUUGUAUAACCUUGGAAGAGUUCAACGUCACAUGUUUACCUAUGGAGAAAAUGAAUGAUGGAAAUAUCGAUUGUUUUGGUGCAUCGGAUGAGCUAAAUUAUUGUAGAAAAGAUAAGUCAAAUCUGAUGCAUGGAAAUAUGUUUCAUUGUUCGAAUUCUCCUCAAUGUAUUCCGGCGUCGUAUUUAUGUAAUAAUGAAAACGAUUGUCCUUUUCUUCAUAAUCACGAUGAAUUAUUCUGUGAUAGUAAACGAUCUCCCUGUUCAGAACAUCACGAUGGAAAUCGCACUGAUAAUGAACGAAUCUUAUGCGAAAUGUUCAAAGGAAAAGAUGAAAAUAAAUUCUUUACAUUGAAAGGCUCGAGUGAGUAUCCUCUAUUGAGAAAGAAACAUUCGUCAAAACUAUCAACAAAGCAUUCACAAAUUACUGCAAAUGAUCUUCAUGAUAAGCAUGAAGCGUUUCUACCAGCACGCUUUUGUCAUCGAGGAAUUCAUGCGGACAUUUCGAAUAAUGCUUAUGUCUGUUUCUGCCCUCCGAGUUAUUAUGGUUCAAACUGUCAAUAUCAAAACGAUCGAGUUAGUUUAACGUUGAGAAUUUUGCCAAUCAAUCGGGAAAGUAUUUAUACGGUUCUCGUCAAAUUAAUCGAUGGAGAUGAUUUGAUAAAUUCUUAUGAACAGUUCACUUUCAUGUCAAAUUGGGGUUGUAAAAUAAAAUUUAAUAUUUAUCUUUUAUACUUAAAUCGUUCCAAAGAUCUUUCGAAGAAUUAUUCAAUUCAUAUUGAUGUUUUCGAGAAGAAUUCUUUAGAUUAUUAUACAAGUUGGUUUUUACCAAUUCCAUUUCUUUUUUUACCUGUCAAUCGGAUUGUUUCGCAACUAAAUUUAGCUGUUCAACGAUCGAUUUCACUUGCUUCGUGCAAUUUAACUUGUUUGAACAACGGACAAUGCAUGAAAUAUGAAAAUACAAACAGAUUCUUUUGCCAAUGUCUUUCAAACUAUUCCGGAAAUCAAUGUGAAAGAGUGAUCAAUUGUAACGAUUGUUCAAAAGAUUCAAUUUGUGUUGGAGCAUUGCAAAACCGAUCGAUCUGUAUUUGUCCAGCGAACAAAGCAGGUCCCCGAUGUCUUCUACCAUCAAAAUGUCCAUUAAAUGCUUGUCAAAAUCAUGGAAGAUGUGUUUUAUUAGAUAAUAUCAUCGGCACGAAGAAUUACAUGUGUAUUUGUUCCGAAGAAUUUUAUGGGUUAAACUGUGAGUUUCAAAAAAAUAGGUUAACCAUCUUUUUCCAUGAAAUGGACAUUCCAUCUUAUAUUCAAGUUUAUGUGACUACGAUAUCAAAUCAAUCUCAACCAACGAACCUAGUGUUAGUGAAGAAAUUACUUCAUCAGCAAAACUUCGUUUCGUUCUAUCUUUUUAUUUCGUAUCACAUAAACUUGAAUAUAAGAUGGAAUGUCCAUUUCAUNUUCGCAAUACGCAUUAUAUUCUGCUUAUUCUGUGUUGUAAUCGUUAGUGAAUGUGCACCUGCAAGCAUCGAUCCUUCUUCAACAUCAUGUAUGCCUAACAGAUGUCCUCAUUCAGAGCUCUGUCGUGCAUCAUGUCCUUCGGGUUGUGGUCCUCUCUGUGCAUCAGCCAAGUGUGUUGAUAAUACAUGUCGAAGUGUUGGUCCGUGUUCGAUUUGUCAAUGCACAAAUGCAAGUCAAUGUGCACAUCCCAUGAUAUGCGAAGAUUGUAAAGUAGGUUAUGGACCAUUCUGUGCUCAAUCAGUGUGUAUUCAUGGAAGUUGUCAUAUAAUUAGUCCAUGCUCGAAGAAAAUAAAAAAUACAUCUCAAGAAUGUAAUUCAUGCUUUCAUCCUGAUUACUGUGAAGCGAAAUGUCCUAAUGGAACAUAUCCACUUUGCGCUGAUUCCAAGUGUGUCAAUGGUAAAUGUGUUCAAAUAGUUCCAUGUUCGCUUACUUCGAAUAAGCAACAAUGA